UGGUCAGCACUGACUUCUGUUUCGCUGACUGUGUGAAGAGUUUUGAAAAUGUGGUUUCAGUAUUGAACAAUGCUUGUUAGCUAUUGAAAAAAACUGUAUUGAUCAUUUAUUUGAUUGACACCCUUAAAAAUACUAAAGAUUUCCAAGAUUUAACACACGUGAUCAUUUAAAGCACUUUUAAAGUUGUCACGAGCAUAAAUGUGUACUGUCACUUUAAAUGUUGUUUGUCUCCUGACUUCAAAAGUGAAAGUAAAACUAUUCAACCAGGAUCCAUUUUGAGAUCUAAGCUGAAAGGUUUGUGAGCAGAGAAAACUUUAACAACAUCAAGUACAUAUAAUAAAAAUGAAGAGUUAUUAGUUAAAUGAUGUGAGUUGAUGAUAUUGUACUAGUGAGGAUCGGGAAGAUCAACAGCUCGACACAGUUUAUUCACAGAUAUAAACAACUGAACUUCUGUCAUGAGCUUCAGAAAAGGAAAGAGUCUCUCUGGAGAAACAAACACAAUGAACAGUUUGAUUGAUAGAGAAUCUGCUGAAUCCAGCUGUGUGUCUAUGAAGAGUGAUAAUUCAAUGGGUAAUCCACCUGAGUUCAGUUUAGGAGACUCUGGUGCAGAUGUGAGUAACACAACAGAUGAAUCAAAGUCCUUCAAAGGGAAGCAGAUGGAUUCAGUUUUUCAGGAUCUUGAAGACAAAAUCAUCUCUCUGAUGAAGAAACAGCUGAAGAUCUUCAAGAGUCUACUGAGCUCAGAUUACCCAUCAUGCUCUGAGAGAGAGGAGGAGGAGGAUGAAAACCAGAUCAGAGUCAGAGAAGAGCUUCUGAAGGUCACACUGCACGUCCUGAAGAAGAUGAACAAGACAAACCUCGCUGAUAAACUACAGACCAAACUUUUACCUUUGUGUGUAAAAAAACACAAAUCCAGACUAAAGGAGAAAUUCCAGAGAAUAAAUGAAGGAAUAUCAAGUCAAGGAAACUCAAGACUUGUGAAUGAGAUCUACACAGAGCUGUACAUCACAGAGGGAGGAAGUGAAGAACUCAAUAAUGAACAUGAGGUGAGACAGAUUGAGACAACAUCCAGAAGAUCAGAGACACAAGAAACACCAAUCGAAUGUAAUGACAUCUUUAAAGCUUUACCUGGACAAGACAAACACAUUAGAACUGUGCUGACUAAAGGAGUUGCUGGAAUUGGAAAAACCGUCUCUGUACAGAAGUUCAUUCUGGACUGGAGUGAAGGAAAAGCAAAUCAGGAUCUUCACAUCAUAUUUCCACUUCCCUUCAGAGAACUGAAUCUGAUGAAGAACACACAUAUCAGUCUGAUGGAUCUUCUUCAUCAGUUCUUCAUAGAUACAAAAGAACUGAGAUCAAGAGACUUUGAUGUCUAUAAAGUUGUGUUUAUCUUUGAUGGUCUGGAUGAGUGUCGACUUCCUCUAGAUUUCUCAAACAAUCAGAGUUUGUCUGAUUUAAGAGAGAGAGCUUCAGUGGAUGUGCUGUUGACAAAUCUCAUCAAGGGGAAUCUGCUUCCUUCUGCUCUGAUCUGGAUAACAUCACGACCAGCAGCAUCCAAUCAGAUUCCUCCUGACUGUGUCCACCAGAUCACAGAUGUACGAGGAUUUAAUGAUCCCCAGAAGGACGAGUAUUUCAUCAAGAGAAUAAACGAUGAGAGUUUGUCCAACAGAAUCAUCAGUCACAUCAAAUCAUCCAGGAGUUUGUACAUCAUGUGUCACAUCCCAGUCUUCUGUUGGAUUACAGCCACUGUUCUAGAGAGAAUGUUGAGUGAAUCAGAGAGUCAAGCAGAGAUCCCCAAGACUCUCGCUCAAAUGUUCACACUCUUCCUGAUCUUUCAGACCAAACUGAAGAGUCAGAAGUAUGAUGGGAAAUGUGAGGUAGAUCUUCAACAGGUUAGAAAGAGUCUUCUGUCACUGGGAAAACUGGCUUUUCAACAGCUGGAGAAAGGGAAUCUGAUCUUCUAUGAGGAGGAUCUGAGAGAGUGUAACAUUAAUGUCAGAGAAGCUUCAGUGUACUCAGGAGUUUGUACUCAGAUCUUCAGAGAGGAGUUUGGACUGAACCUGGGGAAGGUCUACAGCUUUGUGCAUCUGAGCAUUCAGGAGUUUCUCGCUGCUUUAUUUGUCUUUCUUUCAUUUUCUCAACAAACAUCAGGACUCUUCAGCAUGUUCAGAUCAACUAUGAGUGAUUUACUGAAGAGUGAAGUGGACAAAGCCUUACAGAGUGAGAACGGACACCUAGACCUUUACCUUCGAUUUCUUCUCGGUCUCUCACUGGAGUCCAAUCAGAUGAUCUUACGAGAUCUACUGACACAGACAGGAAGAAGAUCUGACAGCAGACAGGAAAUAGUUGAGUACAUUAAGAUGAAGAUCAGAGAGAAUCAAUCUCCAGAGAAAUCCAUCAAUCUGUUUCACUGUCUGAAUGAACUGAAUGAUCAAUCUCUAGUGAACGAGGUACAAACAUAUCUGAACUUAAAAGAUAACUGGUGUCUCUCUGGAGUCAAACUCUCUCCCUCUCAGUGGUCGGCUGUGGUGUUUGUGUUACUGAACUCAGAUCAGAAGCUGGAUGAGUUUAUACUGGAUACAUAUGAUCGAUCAGAUGAAUGUCUUCAGAGGCUGCUGCCAGUGAUCAAAGCAUCCAGAAAAGCUGAUCUGAUGAACUGUAAUCUGACAGAGAAAAGUUGUUCAUCAUUGAGUUCAGUUCUCAUCUCAAACUCCUCAAGUCUGACAGAACUGAACCUGAGUGACAAUAAACUGCAUGAUUCAGGAGUGAAGCUUCUCUCUGAUGGACUGAAGAAUACAAACUGUAAACUGAAGAUAUUACAUCUGGAGUGCUGCAGUAUUGGAGAUGACGGUUUUGUUGCUUUGGCUUCAGCUCUGAGAUCAAACCCAUCACACCUGACUGAACUCAAUCUGAAUGAUAAUAAUCCAGGAGAUUCAGGAGUGAAGCUGUUCUCUGAUCUACUGAAGGAUCCACACUGUAAACUACACAAACUACAUAUUGAGCCUCGACUGUAUCAAUCAUCUACAAGAGCUACAGAUGACAAAUCAAACAACAGACUUCAGUUAUAAAGUAAAAGAUCUGCUUACUGCCUCCUACUGGACAAACAUCAGCAGUGAGACAUCAGAGCUCAACAUGAGAGACGUCUGUUAGAGUUAAACACACAAACAUGUGGAUGAAGAUCUGCAUUCAUAAUCCAGCAGAAGAGUUUAAUGAAGUUCAAUGAUGUUUGUGUUUGUGUUGUGGAUGUGAUUCUUAUCAUACCUGUCAACACUCCCAUUUUUAACAGGAGUCUCCAAUAUUUCACUAGCCUGGCUACGCCCUGCUACGCACUUCUGCUCAAUUUCAUUUUCCUUCAGUGCUACAUCUGGGAUUUCGAUCUAUUCUAGCGUUUCGGGAAAUCAAAUUUUUGUAGGACCAAUCAGCGAACAGAGGGAGUGGCUGAAAACGAUGAUCUGCCAUAGCCAAUCGCUAACGUGUGGUCAGCGCAUGAUAUACGUAACGACCACACUUAGCGAUUGGCUGGCAGAUCCUGAGUGACUCUGGGCAGAUCCAAUAGUGUUGGACUUUAACAGAGAACCCGCCUACAAGGAAGUAAACGUUUCUCAAUGGAGAGAGGCCAGACUCUCUGUACAAAUGAAAUGUAGGAGAGUCCGGUAGGACCAGGCUAGUAUUAACCCCCCCCAGGAAUUACCUUUCACAACUAAGACUGAACAGUUGUUUCUGGUUGUGUUAGAUCAGUGGUUCCUAAACUUUUUGCCACCCUUGUGUACAGUGCCCUCCGAAAGAAAAUUUAUGACAAACAGUUUUAAAAUGUAAUAUUUUUAUUAAACAAAACAUAUAAAAUUAUACCUAGUAGUGCUGUUGGUUAGUUGGCUUAUUGUUUUUUAGUUUUAAUUACACAGAAUUCAUGAUAAAUGACCAUCUCGCAGCCCCCAGUUUGAAAACCACUGUGUUAGAUCAUUAGAAAGCAGACUAUUAGCUAGAGAUAUCGCUAUUUAUCUAUGAAUGAUGAUACUUAAAGUGCCCCUAUUUUCUACACAUUAUUUUCCACAUACUGUACGCUAUAUUUUUGUAGCUCCAGAUUUCCCUCUGUUCCUGAAACACACAGAUUAUGUACAAAACUCAUCGAUUUGAAAAGCACUGUGUCCCUGAUUGACCAGCUAAUCUGUACGUUGUGAUUAGCCUGAAUACCUCUGACAUCAUUCCUCAAAUAAUCCUUAUGUUGUAAAUCGCUGUUUUACAUGCAAUAUUAUAAAGCUGUGAUAAACUACCCUGGUAACCCCACGGUUCAGACCACAUUACAUAGCUUAAAGGCGGGGUGCAUGAUCUCUGAAGCCAAUGUUGAUAUUUGAAAUCACCUAAACAAACAGGUUAUAAAAAUAGAACAAAUUAAGGUAGGAUUUUUUUGUAUGAAAGUAGAGGGUAUGUUCUUUCAUUUGAUAUAUUGUAUGUUUAUAUAUUUAAAGAUGUUUUUCUGGAAGGCAUUAAACUUUGUGAAAAUCAUAAGAGAUCAUGGCGUUAAAGAGUUAAGCAUGUUUCCAAACAUAUCUGAUCCACACUUCAACAGUUGCACGGUAUAAAUGUUAAUGUAUAAUUUAGAUGAAUGUUAAUUUAGGAAAAUAAA